CAGCCUUCUCGAGGUGCUGGCACUGAACCCAGACAGCCUCUUCGUGUUCGCUGGAACUUCAGACUCUUCGGGCCACUGCUUACAGAUAGCCCACCCAGCACACUCUACCCUGUGAAAAAACGGAGGGAAAUAUGAGAAAGGGCCAAGCUCUAGUCCAGGAAGUGAAAAUGUGAUGCCUCGAGAGCCACUGAUUGCAACAGCAGUGAAGUUUCUACAGAACUCCCGUGUCCGCCAGAGCCCCCUUGCGACCAGGAGAGCAUUCCUUAAGAAGAAAGGGCUGACGGACGAGGAGAUCGAUGUGGCCUUCCAGCAGUCGGGCACGGCGGCUGACGAGCCUGCGGCCUUGGGCCCAGCCACACAGGUGGUUCCUGUCCAGCCCCCUCACCUCAUGUCUCAGCCAUACAGCCCUGUGGGUUCCCGAUGGAGAGAUUACAGUGCCUUGGCUGUCAUCAUGGCGGGCAUCGCCUUUGGCUUUCACCAGCUCUACAAGAAAUACCUGCUCCCCCUCAUCAUGGGCGGACGAGAGGACAGGAAGCAACUGGAGAGGAUGGAGGCGAGUCUCUCGGAGCUGAGUGGCAGCGUGGCACAGACAGUGACUCAGCUACAGGUGACCUUAGCCUCCGUCCAGGAGCUGCUCAUUCAACAGCAGCAGAAGGUGCAGGAGCUCGCCCACGAACUGGCCACAGCGAAGGCCACCACCUCCACCAACUGGAUCCUGGAGUCCCAGAACAUCAACGAACUCAAGUCGGAAAUUAACUCCUUGAAAGGGCUUCUUCUGAAUCGGAGGCAGUUCCCACCCUCCCCGUCAGCCCCGAAGAUCCCCUCCUGGCAGAUCCCAGUCAAGUCCACGUCGCCCUCCAGCCCGGCCGCCGCGAACCACCACAGCAGCAGCGACAUCUCUCCCGUCAGCAAUGAGUCCACGGCGUCCUCGCCCGUGAAGGAGGGCCACAGCCCCGAGGGCUCCACGGCCACCUACCACCUGCUGGGCGCCCAGGAGGAGGGCGAGGGGGUGGUGGACGUCAAGGGCCAGUGUCUUUCAGGAAAGCGCCCGUCCAGCGCGGGAGCGAGCAGGGAGGCUGCGGGCACCUCCCGGCCCAGGCCCCGCCGCCAGCCGUGCCCCUGGGUUUGCGAUGCCCCGGCCGGCGGGUGCGGUGCGUCGGGCAGUCCCUGGCCGCCCUGCGCAGUCGGCUGCUGGGAAGGGGAGCACUCUGCCUGGGGAAGGGGUGCUGAAUUUGUAGAUUUUGUUUGUUCUGCUGCGGACGGCCAUGUCCGAUGUUUAAAGGGAACAGAGUAAAACCUCUUCCACCCCGUGCAGUUUCGCAGGUACAGGUGUGCUCACGGGCUCACCCACUGUCUCUUCUCUAAAUAAAAACGGGAAACUCCUCUUC